AUGUCCGAGAAACAGUCUCCAGUAGAAGAGAAUUUUACUGAACCUCUCUUGUGUAUGCCGUCCACGCUUGUUGAUCAAGAUGUAGUUCUUGAACUCAUCCUUUGGAUGGACUACUUCAUCUUCUUCUCUACGAUAUUAUCAUCAUUCCUGCAAGUCUAUGUACUAAGGCAGGCAAAUCGACAUAUUCGUCGAAGCGCGAGUGAUCAGUGCCUGCAUGUGUUCCUUUUCAGUAUGACUAUGGGAGAUUUUAUUCAAACAGCUUUUUGUUAUCCUAUCGAGGCGAUUUCACGGAUCCUGCAAAAUCGUCAUGAGUUACCAAUGAUCUUGAACGUCACUGUACACUUUCUCACAUGGGUUACGCUGUCUGGUUCAAGUUUAAGCCUCAUCCUACUCAAUCUCGACAAACUGCUAUACUUCAAAUAUCCGCUGAGAUAUUCAGCCUACGUGACUAAACGUUGUGGUAUCAUACUAGCAUUGACAGUAUGGGCGUGUUGUUUGAUAUUUGUCGCUGGAGCAUGGUACUUUGAAUGUUUCAAAUGCGGAGAAAACUGCAGUUCGAUACAUCUUCUGCACGAUCGUUGGGGAAUGUACCUACUUUUUUCGAUCAGCGUAUGUGUGAUGCCUACUUUAACAUCGUUAGCCGUUGCAUUAUAUAUUGUCAAAGUUGUAUCCACACACAGAAAGAAGUUGGCUGAAGAGCAGGCACUCUAUCAAACUGGACCAUCUCGUCAGGUGCUCGCCUCACGUCUUCGGACCUUCUAUUUUGUCUUUAUGACAACAGUAUUCACGGCAGCUACUCUGUUGCCAUUCAGGAUCAGCUCCAUCAUUAUGAGUUUCAGUGAACACAAUGAGAUAUCUUCGUGCACUGGCACGCUUUCUCGUUGGGUAAUGGCGAACCUGAUCAGUCUUAAUGCAAUUUUCAACCCUCUGAUCACAGUUACGGCACAUCUAGAAACGAAACAAAGACUACAGACUUAUAAGGAUACCUUUGGGGCCUAUCAAUUCCAACGGAUGAUAAAUCUCCUCAGGGCGAUAGAUGGAACAGAUUUUUAG